GUUACUCGAUCUAUAUAAUCGUGUAUUUAAGCUUGAUAUCCCCCCAUUCUCUCGAGAGACUUAUUCUUAAAUCAGUUUAUGAUUCACUGUGCGAGAAUACAGACUGCCAAAGCUAGCCGACAUCUACUCUCAGCGAAAUGUUUCAGAUUGUUGCAGUUGUGUUGGCAAUUUGUUCCCUGCAUCUGACACAGGGAUACAGCACCGGGCCCCCUCUGUCGGCGUGUGGAGACAUGUUCCCUCACCACGGGGCUGAUGCCCAGAUGAGUGCCCCGCCCUAUGUGAUCACUGUUGACAACCCUAGCUAUACACCCACCGACGACAACAUUACCGUUACCAUAUCAACAACGAACACGGAUCAUCCAUACUUUCAAGGGUUUUUCCUCCAGGCACAUAGCGCUGACUGCAUGUCCUCAACUGUUGCCAGGGGGUUCUUUGUUGGCCCUUUGGACUCCAACACCCAGAGCAUGACAUGCAGCGGACCGCUCUCUAAUAACGCUGUUUCCCACACCAGCGCCAGUAGGAAGACAUCAGUCACUGUUACCUGGAGGAACCCCAAUGGAGGAGACGUCUACUUUCAGGCAACCAUAGUGAAGAGUCGCGACAUCUUCUGGGCCAAUGUGCAGAGUAACACUGUUUAUGAUUCAAGUCAGAAUAACACUAGAAUGUACAGCUAUUGUCCUGCCCGACAGGCCAUAUCUGUCUAUCCAUAUGGUUCAACAGCGACAAACCACGGUCUGGAGAGGGCUGUGUUGUUUCUUGCUUUCACUGCUCAAUUGCUGCGGCAUUUCAAUGCAUAAGACAACACAAGGGCGGAGUGAUAUGUCAACGUUAACAGUGUCAUACAACUAAAUCGUCACCGAUGCUAAACUGAAAGUAGAUAAAAUCUCAAGAGACAUUUUAUUGAUUUCAUUAAGGAUUACUGAUCAAAACAAAACUACCUGUUAUGUUAAUAUUAUCUUACAUUACAAGUUGAUAUUGAAUGAAUUGCAUACUGGCGAAGAUGAAGCAACGAUUGACUGAACCCCUUGACUGAACAAUCCAACAUUUAUCCACUUCUAUCAAACAGAUGUUUGCAUCGUCACCUAUUAAUAGAAUCAAUUUAUCGAAUGUUAUAUGCGAUCAAUAAAGUUAGCUAUAUAUUUUUA